UUUUAGGGAGGAUGGUCAUUCCUGGACCCCGACUCAGAUGCGGAAAAUGAACAGGAGGAGACCGAAAAUUUGGAGGACGACGGAGCGUAUGCCCCCACAGACGAGGAGCUGGGGUCUGAGGAAGAGAGCGAGGACUACUGCGAAGGACACUCAGAAGCAUCUGAUUCAGAAUAUAGCGAAGGUGGUGCCAUAUUCCACGUUGAUCAUCAGUGGUAUAUAUGGGGCAGUGAACUCACCCAAACUUGUAACCAUCCCUGAUGCCAAGAGAGAUUCACCAUCACUGCCACACAAGAUGUUGGCCAUGUGUUAUGUCUCAGCAGAUCCUGGAGGAUGUAGAUAUUUUGUGACAAAGUGUAGCACCAUUGAGAUGCCUUUGUGUGUCUACGAUGCCAACCAGAAUAAAGAUACUAACAGCUUUAAGGGCCCCAGGGUAGUUGUGUGCAGCAUAGACAAUAUGCCCACACAGCUGCCCAGGGAAGGCAUGGAUUUAUUUGGGUCUCUGGUGGUGCCUCAUAUGUACGACAUGUUGAAGUCUGAUACUUCCAAGCCCUUCGAGGAGCAGUCAUUCACCCACGAAGUGCAUGGGGUUCUGUACACAUGUAGUCAGGAGCAGGAAUGGUCGCUGUGGUGGCCCUAUAAAUCCAACAACAGUGUCUGCUGUCACCACCAAAGUGCACCUUUAGCACUCACUACAAGAGGUUUAAAUCAAGGAAUAAAUUGUUACAGUGAAAUUGUAAGGAGCAGCACCUACUAUGAGGCAGUUGAAAAAUGAAGUUGACACAGGCAGCAGCCCCGACUGGGAAUCUUCUAGCAGUCAUUGAUGUUGUAGCGAAAGGACAUUAAUAUAAAGUUGGCAAAGAUUGGAGACAAGAGUUGUAUAUACCCAAUGUAGUGUCAUCUUCUGAAGACGUACAAGAUUGUUAUGGAAAGAUUGACAAUGCUUUCUGAAAGUCGUGAGAUGUGUUAAAACUUAAAAUUAAUCACAAAUGUCAUUUAAACAUUAUAUCUUAUUUAACAUUACUCUAAAGAAUAUCAUCCAUUUUAUACAUGUAUAUGUAGAAAUGGAUGUUCUAUUUUUGUAAAUAAUGUCCUGAAAGUAAGUCAUUGUGGUGCAAAUCAAAAUGUAUGUUUGAAGAUGGCAAUAUCUGCCGUCUUAAAAUGUCAGGUAUUUAUUUAUAAUUUUGUGCAUUACACACAACUUACUGUAUCCACUUGUAUAAGUUGUGUGUAUACACUCUAUUGUUUCCAUCUCUUUCGUUGGGGAGCCAUUAUGCUGAAUGUUUCUUUUCUUGUUUUGUCUUUAAUGCCAUGACUGUUACUUUGUGAUUUUAAUGGCCAUUAUUUCCACUUGGGGGGGUGGGGUUCUCAGUAUGAUUCCUGUGUCGUUCAGUUUGAGGCUUUUCUUACUUGUUACUCUGUCCAUGUUUUAAAAACAGGUACUUGAACCCAUUUUGAUUCUUGAUUAAGCAUCUCUUUUAGGACAUGUUGGUAGUUGAAUGGAGCAAAUUGGGAAUUGAUUUGAGGUUACUUGUGUGUCCUUCAUUGAAUUUCUUUUAUGUCUCGUCCUCAGUUUGAACUGUGUGUAGGGUUGUCAUUGUAUAAUACCCAAACCUAAGCAUUGUCAGAAGUGUGUAAAAUUCAGUGCGAGGAGGGGGGGGGGGGCAGCAUUAGUACGUUAGAAAUGCUGAGAGAAUUUUUAAGUUUAAGAAGGGGUGUGUAUUCGCUGGCUGUCAUUUAUGAUAAAAUGCACUUUGUGGUUAGAUUGUGUCUACAAGUACUUUCAUCAUUGAAUGGAGUCUAGAAAAAAGUUGGCAAAUUGAGUGGCAAAUUAUAACCUGGCUCACGUUCUCCAAGUUGCUGGUGUCAGUGUAGCAAACUCUCUUGAUGUUUCCAUUGAAAUUUGCAAUUUAUGUGGUCUGUAUUUCUCAGGGGCUCCAUGUAUGUUCUCAUUUCUUUCUUGAAAGAGUUUAGCACCCUUGUAUUUUUAUUUUGUCAAAGAAGUGUUAUUUAUAAUGUGCCUUUUUACACUUGAAGUAGAGGUGAUAAUACUCCAAGGUUACCGAAAAUUGAAAGCUGUGCCCAAUGACAUUUGAUGUUUUCAACAUUUACAUUUAAUGUCUUUUGCAAUAAGAGUUGUUGUUUCCUGGUCGUGGAAAUAUAUGGUGGUGGCAUCCUAUAUAGUCUUAGUAUGUUGUAAAUAACCACUGCCAUAUAUUUUUUCAAUUUGAGAAGGCAUAUGACACAAAUUGGAGGUUUGAUAUUUUUAGUACAAGUCACUCUAGUCUUCCAAGACAAUGUUCUUUUUGUUUUAAUGAUUUGGUCUAGUCUUCCUUCAAAGAUUUGGUCAUUACUAUAUUUGAUGAUUAUUGCCUGUAGGCGCUGACUGUCAACUCAUUACAUAUUGUCCAGUAGGCGGUUGAACAUGUUUGUAAUUGAUAAAUUAGACACAUGUGCAACUCUUGGUUAUUUUUAUUGAGGAAAAGUUUUUUGGCCACACAGUGUCUCCAUGCAUAGGAGAAACUUGAA